GCAGAGGCAGAAACACAGCUCACUUUCUUUCCUGGUCUUUUCUCCUGUGAGCCCCGUGGAAAGGCUCAGAACAGUGUUUUAUUCACCAUGUGUAACUAUGAAAUAACAUUCAUCGGUGGCAGAGAGACGGACUAAGUGCAUCUGACAUCUCUUGAUCAUUGGGACAGAAUAUGGAAAUGUCACUGGUUUUCUUUUCUCAAUUAAACAUGUGUGAAUCAAAGGAGAAAACUUUUUUCAAACUAAUGCAUGGGUCAGGAAAAGAAGAAACAAGCAUCGAGGCCAAAAUCAGAGCUAAAGAAAAAAGAAAUAGGCUAAGUCUUCUCCUACAGAGGCCUGACUUCCAUGGGGAGACUCACACCAGCAGAUCUGCCCUCCUGGCCAAAGAAACAAGAGUCUCCCGCGAAGAAGCAGUGAAAUGGGCUGAAUCAUUUGACAAACUGCUUUCUCAUAGAGAUGGACUGGAUGCUUUUACUAGAUUUCUUAAAACUGAAUUCAGUGAGGAAAACAUUGAAUUUUGGGUAGCCUGUGAAGAUUUCAAGAAAUGCAAGGAACCUCAACAAAUCAUCCUAAAAGCCAAAGCAAUAUAUGAGAAGUUCAUUAAGAAUGAUGCUCCCAAAGAGGUUAACCUUGAUUUUCAUACCAAGGAAGUAAUUGCUAAGAGCAUCACAGAGCCAACUCUCCAAAGUUUUGACCCAGCACAAAGCAGAGUCUAUCAGCUCAUGGAACAAGACAGCUAUCCACGCUUUCUGAAGUCUGAGAUCUACUUACAUGUGCUAGAAGGAAGACCUCAGAGACCAACCAAUCUGAGGAGACGAUCGCGAUCAUUUACCUACAAUGAGUUUCAAGACGUAAAGUCAGAUGUUUCCAUUUGGUUAUGAGUAAAAGUAAUGUUUCUUAUUUUGGUGGGAAAUGUAUAUAUCUGCUUCUAAAAUAUAGCUUAUGUAUAGUAAGAAAUGAUCACACUUUUAAAAUAAACCAAGCAAAAGCAUUUUUAAAAUGCAAUAACUUUUAUAUUAAAAUAAUACCGAGAGGCAGAGCCAGGAGGAUCUCUGUGAGUUCAAGGCCAGCCUGGUCUACAAAGCAAGUUCCAGGAAAAUAAUAAUUCAUAGUCUAUAUUCACGAAAACCUAGUUUGAUAUUAUAUUCAUAAUAAAAACCUUUAUUUCUUCAAUAAUCAUCAGUAAAAAGAUAUCAGCAAAGCUUUGUAAAAUGUUGAAGUAUAAUGUAAACUUUGCAGUUAUGUCACAUUUAGUUUGGAUUAUUUUUCUAGGUAUAAACAAUGUACUUAGAUAACUAUAUAUCCAUAUGAUAUUGUACAGAAUGAUGGAUUACAACAUAUAGAAAUGAUCCACUUCUUAUAAAAUGGAAGUUUGGACAUCUAUUAUUUCAUACUGAUUCUGACUCCAGAAUAGCUGUCUAUCACUUCCAUAUUUAAGCCAGCAACAAAGGAUCAUAUAAAGACACAUUUCUCUCUACCAAUUAAACAGGUUAAUCAUGACCCAGUUAGAUAUGUGAGACUAGACUUUGCAGUCAUAUUCACUGUAAAUGGUGAACAUCUUUCAUUAGACAGAGCUACACCCCUGGACACUGGAGCAGGCUCAUAUUGACAUAUCUCUACAUAUCCACUAAGUGGACAACAUUGUCUCCUAGUAAAUGAACAUGCCACUGAAAUGACACCAAUCAGUGCCUGAAUGAUGAUGACCACAUGCUUUCACAGAAGUAUGUAUAUCUCACAUUUGCAAUUUUAAUGUUGGGGUAGAAAUUUAAAAUGAGAGGCAGUGAAAAAAGAAAUCUAAAAACUUGACAAUAUUGGCAUCUGCCAAUUCUGUUCUCUCACUAUUAUGUUCUUCUAAUUCUUGCCUAAUACUAAAUUAUGAAGUAAUAUUAUACUAAUAAAUAUAUGUCUUUAUAUUACAGAAAUAUUUAAUUGCAAUGUGUUACAUGGUCUGUAAAUGUCUGUAUUAAAGAUGGCAUAUUUUCAGAUUAUUAAAGGAUAUCAUUUUAGUUGAAGUGUACAACAAAUUCUACCAUCUAUAAUAAUAAACUGUUCAAACUUA